AUGGCCGGUUCAUCGUCAGAGGUACCACAGGAUAUAAUACAACCCCUGCGAUCGGAUCAAGUUGACCCUGGUGAUAAUGUGUCGGUACCUGGGCCGGAUAGUCCAUCCAUACAUAGCGAACAAGACUUACAUCGAGGAAACUCACGUGUGGUGACAUAUCAAGGUCGGAAAAGACGCCACUUCAGUCAAAAGUUCAAGGUUAAUAUUUUCAGUCAGGGAGGGUCAGCAACAGGUGGAUCGGCCACGGGCGGAUCAGGGAUCAUUAACGGCAAUGGCGACAACUCUGCGGAUGUUGGUGAUAAUUCCAUUUCUAGUUUGGCAAGUCAGGUCGCAGCCUUAACGAGACGAGUCGAUGAACUUUCCACGGCAUCUACACGGGGAGUUAUAGUUGAGACGGGAACGUGGAACACGAUAUCAGUCCGACCGUGGGAAUCGCCUCAGCCUCACACCGAAGGACGUGUAAACUUCGUGAAGGAAUUUAAGGCAAUCCCGACAGUUAUGGUGAGCCUGUCAUCUGCGGACGUCUCUAACGAAGCGAAUUUUCGCGUUGGUGUCUAUGCAACUUCCGUGGACUCGAAGGGAUUUACCGCCCAUGCUGAUAGUUGGUUUAAUACAACCCUAUACUCUUGUGUAAUAUCCUGGAUAGCUAUAGGAGAAUGA